GGCAGCCAUGUUCGAUCUGUGCUGUCUUGAGAUCGAAGAAAACAUUUCUUCUUAAAACAACACCAAAACCACUGGAUAGAUAGAAAGAAGUUAAAGAAAAUUAUCUAAAAAGAAAGCUUGAGCGAUGAGCAGCAUAGGAACAGGCUACGAUCUGUCCGUCACUACUUUCUCGCCGGAUGGCCGUGUUUUUCAGAUCGAAUACGCUGCUAAAGCCGUCGAUAACAGCGGUACUGUUAUUGGCAUCAAGUGCAAAGAUGGGAUUGUUAUGGGUGUGGAGAAGCUAAUAGCGUCGAAGAUGAUGUUACCCGGUUCCAAUAGGAGAAUUCACACCGUUCAUCGUCAUUCCGGCAUGGCUGUUGCUGGUUUAGCGGCUGAUGGUAGACAAAUCGUUGCACGUGCCAAAAGUGAGGCGUCCAAUUAUCAGAGUGUUUAUGGUGAACCCAUUCCUGUCAAGGAGCUCGCUGAUCGUGUUGCUAGUUAUGUGCAUUUGUGCACUCUCUAUUGGUGGCUUAGGCCAUUUGGUUGUGGGGUGAUUCUCGGUGGUUAUGACAGAGAUGGACCACAAUUAUACAUGGUUGAACCAUCUGGCAUCUCCUAUAGAUAUUUUGGCGCUGCUAUAGGGAAAGGGAAGCAGGCUGCUAAAACAGAAAUUGAAAAGUUGAAGCUGUCUGAAAUGACAUGCCGAGAAGGGGUCCUUGAAGUAGCCAAAAUCAUUUACAAGUUACAUGAUGAAGCAAAGGACAAGGCCUUCGAACUUGAAAUGAGUUGGGUUUGUGAUGAGUCAAAGAGACAGCAUCAAAAGGUUCCUGAUGAGCUCUUAGAGGGAGCCAAGGCUGCAGCUAGGAUUGCACUUGAAGAAAUGGAUGCUGAUUAAAAAGCUUAAUUGAGCUAGGCCAGGCACUAUCGAUAAGAUGAUUUUAUUUUGAUUGGGUUCUCAUUGUUACAUUCGAAAUCUUUUUUGUGAAUGGCCACAAUAUCAACCUGGAGCUUAUUACGAAUUCUUGUCAUGCAUUUAAUUGGUGUUUUCUUAAAACCAAUUUGGUCCCUCAUAAAACUCUGCUCAUGUCCAAA